AUGGAAUCGAAUUUUGCAUAUCAAAGUGUAGCUCCACAUUUGAAAAAUUUGAGAUUAGUUGGCUAUUAUCAGAUAGAUCCUAGAUCACCGACAUUGUACAAAUAUCUGCAUAAGAUUUAUAUGCGCAUAGGUUUAAUUUGGAUAUGCGGGUAUACAGUCUUACAGGCUUUAAAGAUAUUAGAGGCCCGAGACGAUAUGGACAAAGUUAUGGCGACGUUAUUUCUCUUCCUGUCGCACACCGACUCUAUCUACAAACAAAUUGUGUUCAGUCUGAAGGCGGAUCAAGUUGAACAACUACUGGACAUCCUGAGAGGUGAACUCUACAAUCAACGCGAACAUAAGAAGCAGCUGCUAACAACAGCUCGGUACAGCGUCAUUUUGCUCAGCAUCAUAAAUGCAAUGGCUCUACUCACUUGCUUCUUGUGGGUAGUGAUUCCUGUUAUACGUCACGUGCAAGGAGAAACCGUGGAGUAUGAGAUUUGGCUGCCGUUUCAGUAUAACUCUGAUCUGACGUUUUACAUAAUAACCAUAGUGGUAUGGAUAUCAACAUCUUCGCUGGCAUUUGGGAACACCACUAUGGAUGCUUUGAUAGCUUUCCUACUGGCUCAGUGUCAAACGCAGAUUCGUAUUUUAAGAGUUGAACUACAAAACGUAGUGCAGAGAAGUAUAGAGGAGGCUUUGGCCUCUGGAACUACCUUCGAACAAGUACUGAUGAGACGGUUCAAGGCCAUACUUGAUCACCAUAACGAGAUAAUGAAAUUCGCAAAAACUGUAGAAGAUAUUUUCAGCGGACCGAUUUUUUAUUUGUUUUUGGUGGGAGGCUGGAUUAUUUGCACAUCCCUGUAUAGAAUAGUUGACAUGACUCCUACUUCUGUACAAUUUUUUUCUAUGACGUCCUACUUGUUUUGCAUACUAUUGGAAUUAUUCAUUUACUGUUUCUAUGGUGGUGAGGUAACCUUUGAGAGUGAAAACCUAACGGAAUACAUAUAUUGCAUGGACUGGCUGCAGACACCUGUAACCCAUCGAAAACACAUGAUCAUACUGAUGGAGAGAGUCAAACGCCCUAUCCAGCCUAUGGCUGGGAAUAUUAUUCCGUUGUCUAACGAUACCUUUGUCAAAAUUAUGAAAAGCUCGUAUUCUUUCUUUACUCUGCUAAAAGCUACUAAUGAAUAA